AUGCCAUUCCCGUACAUCGAUACCCCGCGCACUGAAGUUGAUGCGAACGCGACAUACUUGACAAAUGGCCUCCGCAGUGCCGCACGACAUAAUCUAUCGGCUUUGGACUCCGUUGAAAACUCGUUUCAGUCACCUUCGAAAGACCAUGAUCUAAUCAAAGAUUCGAAAACUGGACGGAGUCGCAAACGCUUGGAGCUUAGUCUGAAAACGCCUAGGGCAGGCUCGAAACCGAAUUCAACAAGAAAUGUUCUCAUCGACCGGCGCAAUCUCCCUACGGUGCCACCUCCAAAGGGAGAGUUUACCCCUAUGCUGAAUAGCAUCACAAAAAAAAACCUGCAUCGUAAUCGCAAUUCGACGCUCAGGCACUCUGGCCCAGAAACUCCAGCUGCUCUGAGAGAUGGAAAUCGAAGUAGUGAAAAUACUCCUGUAUUGCCAAAUAUAGAUGUUACCGGAUAUGGAGAUGAGUCGACAAACAUUGACAAUGAUCCUACACCCGUUCCACAGAUGGCCAGCAGCAGCGUUCAAAGUACGCCCUUGCCUGCUCUGCCGGGGCGAAAUGGCAACGUCGUGGGGGACGGGCACAAUAUGAUGACUCUAAGAGAGCAGGAAAAUGUUAUUAAUAAACUCGAUAAGGAAAAUUUCGGUCUGAAGUUGAAGAUACACUUUUUGGAACAGAACUUCAAGUUGGCAAAGCCUGAAUUUGCGCAAGCUGCGAUACAAGAGAAUACUGAGCUUAAAGUCACGAAGCUUACGAUGGAGAGGGAUUUACAUCAAUGCAAAAAAAGUCUUCGUCGCGCACAGCAGGAUCUUGCAGACUGCCAACUUGAAAUGCAAGAACUUCAGGCAAACGCAAAUCGAAAGCAUGUCAACGAAGAUACACUAAAAGAAUUGGAACAGGUGCGCGAAGAGUUGGAGAGUAAGGAAAACGAACUACACGAGCUCCAAGAAGAGUUGGAUACUCUGAAGGAGACCAAGUCGGAACAGGCACAACAACUUCGUGAUGAGAUACAGGAUCUGCAAUAUGAACUUAGGCAAAAGAAUGAACUUAUCGACAACCAACGAGACGAAAUUGGAAGUCUAAAAGGAAACCAACACAAUGAGAAGAACUCGGCUAGUGAGCUUGAGGCUGAACUCCAACGGGCCAAACAACAGUUGGAAGAGCUACAAAAUAGCCUUGAACAAGCUAAAUCGGAUGCUAGACAGGCAAAAACAGCAUGCGAAGAAGCGGUUGAAGCAAAGGAACAAGCCGUGGAUGAUUUAAAAGAGCUUCAGGACGAAAUGGCUGACAAAUCUUUUUACACCAAAGGACUUAGCCGCCAACUGGAAGAAAAAGCUCAUAAGGUGGAGGAAGAGCUAAACAAACUUCGAAAAGAUCACAGCAUCCUACACGAAAAUUUCCAGGAUAAGACUCGACAGGCCGCCAAAUUCAAAGAGAAAAUUCAGGAACUCAAGGAAGAGCUGUCCGCCGAGAAAGCAAGAAUGCAGGACGAUCUCGAUUUGGCUCACCAUGAACGAGAUAUUGCCAGGCGGGAACGAGAUGACGUUUCUGCCCGCUUACGUCAGGCCGACGACGAGAUUCAAAGUGGUGAGAAUGCAAAAGAUGUCCUUCAAACUCGUCACGAUGCCCUCACAAGUGAAUCCGCUAGUCUUCAGCGAGAUUUGGCUCAGGCAAAAGAGAAGAUAUCAAAUCUAGAAAAACAAAUCGAAGUUGAAAGGGAACGGUCGAUGAACGAUAAGGAUGAACUCCUACUACAGCAUAGAAAUGAGAUUGAUCAGCUACACGACGAGAUAGACUCCCUCAAACACGAUAUUGAGGAUCAAGAGGGCCAACAUGCAGCUGAUAGGGAUAGGUGGGAUAGCAUGAAACGGAAUUUAGAGCUGCAAAAGGAAAAGGUCGAGCAGCAAAUUUUUGGGUAUAAGCGGACAAUAGACAAGUUGCAGGGAGUCGAGUCGACUCUUUCCGGGAGGGAAGAAAAGCUACAAAAUAUCGUCGACAGCGAAAAGGAACGACAUCUGCGAGAGGAACAGCUCCUGAACCGUCAAAUCAAAGAGCUUAAUGAUGAUAUUGCAUCUAGGCGCCAGAGCGCCGAAAGCCAGAGGCAAGAACUCAUGAGUGCGAAAGAGGAGUUAAGAGUUGCUAAACGGGAGGAAAGCAGCUUGAAAGAAAAAUUGCAGGGGCUGGAAGAUGAAAUUGUUGUCUUGCAAGCUACUUUGGAGGAAGAGCGAGCUUAUGCCGGGAACCAACACAAAUCGAGUACUUUGGAAUUGGAAAAACAGCUGCAAUCAGCUAAUAAGGAGAGACAGACUAUUCGAGACAAGUUGGCCAACGCCAAUAUUGAGAUUCAUAACCUGCGCACGUCAUCCGCUGAACUAGAAGCAGAACGGGAUGAAUUGCAAAGCCAAAUUAAUAGAAUUCAGAACCAUGUCGAUGAUACUUACCGUCUCGAUCAAGAAAAGAUUGAUCUCCGAAAAUCUUUGUUAAGAUUCGAGAACGAGUUGAGCCGCCUGAAAGAUGAAAAGAAAACUCUGUUGGAAACUAAGGAUAAAUUGCAAGCUGACCUCGAUUCUGAAAUUGACCGGGCGGCAGUAGAGGAGAAUCGCCUUUCUUCAGAAAUUGACCAACUGCAAGACAAACUCUUCAUUACAUCAGAAAGUCGUAAUCGCGAAUUCAUUUCCACAAAAAGCAAAGCUGAGCGGCUUGAACUACGAGUUCAAGAACUUGAAACUCUAUUGAAUAAUCGCUCCUUUCCUCGUGUGGAACAGUCUUUAUCUGCCGACUUUUCAAUGCUACGACGAAGCUUGGAGGAUGCGAGAAGUAAAGAGAGGGAUUCGCUUCAACGCGAAUUGUCCCUGAAGGCCUCUAUCCGUGAUCUCAGAGCUUGCAUCGUUGAUUUGGAACGAGAUAAUCAUGAACUCAAGGCUAAGGAGCUGAGUUCGAGGUCGCCGAAAUCAUCCCCCUCAACCUCAGUUAAGGUCCAAGACGAGCUGCGAAGCCUCCGCAAUCAACUUCUUGAUAUGCACAAAUCCAUGAAGGAUUUGAAGACACAGAACUACAAAUUGCAAAUUGCUACAGUUAAUGAAGAAGAACGCAAAGAUCUCCACGAAUUGCUCAAGUCUUCUACCCUUAAAGCCGAGGCCCUGACAGUACAGCUCUCCGAGCGUGACGCCCGUGUAAAUGAAUUAAGAAGCCACCUUCGUCGAGUUCGUGAUGAACGCUCUCUCUCUCUCAAGAAAGCAGACGCAGCGCACCGGGAGCUCGAGUCGUUACAGGACCGAUAUGAUACUCUCCUGGACGAAUUGACACAACACUCAGAACGCAAAGGACGGCAUGCAAAGGAAAUCAAAGGCUUGGGUAAAGAGAUUAUGUGGUUAAGGUCCCGACUGGUCAGGGAGGAGAAGUUCCGUAGGGACCUGGCCUGGAGUAAAGGGUUGAUGGAACUGGGUGAACGGGUUCGGAUUGCUUGUAACGAAACUGAUCUCAAGAUGAUCGCUGAGAUGGGAGUGAAGCCUCACAGCCCGGGAAGGAAAUUUAACCCCCGCCAUAAGCUCAAAGCUAUCGCAAGCACCGUCUUGGCUGUCUGCCGUAUGCAAAAGAUGAGUGCAGAAUGGAGCAAGAUGAAAAGCCUUGGUGAGGACCUUCGGAAAGCAAAGACGGAGAUAUUGAAAAAGAGAGAGCUUACGAGGAGGAAAUCGCGGUUAGAUUAG